CUCCUCCCCCGGCUGGCCAGAAAGCAGCGGCUCUUUACCAACUACGACCUGCUGUGCGUGUGUUUGGGUUUUAUUAUUAUUAUUCCUCUACUCCGCGAUGGCUAUAGCUGGAAGAUCCUCUAACAGAUCAUUAAGAGAAACAAGGCCGUGUUCCUUGGCUUGAGCCUUCUAAAGAAAAGUGAAACCAGCACGUUUUUUCGCUUACCCUCUGUCACUCAUCCCGCAGCAGCAGAAGUCGACCUCUCCUCUCCGCCGUGUUGUGUUGUGGUCUGUUCAGGAGCCCCGGAAUGGACGUGCAUGCCUUCAACACGACCUAAAUCUGCCCAGAGAUGUCACUUACACUGCGUUGUCUGAGUUGCCUGCACAAGUCGAGUGUGGUGGGUAGAUAGGCGGUAUGACUGAGGAGAGAUGUCCUCAGUUGGUGGAUUAUUUCGUGGUGGCGGGGCUGGCGGGUGACUCUGCUCCAGAUGAAGAGUGUCAGCAGAGAGGUGGGCGUGCAGUGGAGCCCGUCACUGACCUGGCCGUCAUCGCCCGUGGCCUCGGCGAGGAGGUGCCCGAAGGCUUCACAUGCAUCGAGAAGACACAGGGUGGCCACUCGGCCGAACUCAGUGCUGGCCUCAUCAACAACCCACACAUGUACUUGUGCUACCGCAGAGGCUACGAUAAACCACCCAUUCUAGAGCUAGGUGUUCUGUAUGAGGGUAAAGAGCUGGUGAAGCAGGGUUGGCUGGUGAUGGAGACGACACCGUACAGCCGCUCGGCCAGCCUGAGCUCAGGAGGACCCACCACCCACCGGACCUUCCUCAUGUACCGUCGAGCCCCCGACUCGCAGGCCCUCAAUACACUGGGCGUCACCGACAUCUCUCUGCUGAUGCCCAGCAAGGGCGAGGUGGCCCCACACACCUUCUGCAGAGUGGAUAAGAACCUCAACACCAGCAUGUGGGGCCCGGCGCUGUACCUCUGCUAUAAGCGUGCUGUAGCCAAAGCCAACGCCCUGGUGUAUGAAGCAGGUUUGAUCAGCCGCUAUCCUGAGGAGGAUCUGGAGUCGUUUCCUUUGCCAGACUCUGUCCCGGUCUUCUGCCUACCUAUGGGCGUCACGGUGGAGAGUUGGCCACUUAACACCAAGUACCAGCUGCCUGUCUUUUCCACUUUUGUUCUCACAAGUGCUUCUGGAGACAAGGUGUAUGGAGCUGCUAUACAGUUUUAUGAGGCAUACCCACGGGAGGCUCUGUCUGAGAGGCAGCAGGUACGACUGGGAUUGGUCAGCGUAGUUGACCGUCGGCCCAUCACUAACCGUACAGUACAGGUGAAGAAGAGCGUGUGUGUGCUUUCACACUGGCCUUUCUUCACGGUCUUCCAGAAGUUCCUCACAUUCGUUUAUCGGUACUCCAUCUCUGGACCUCAUGUGCUGCCUAUUGAAAAGCAUAUAUCCAGCUUCAUGCACAACGUGCCCUUCCCUUCCCCUCAGCGCCCACGCAUACUGGUGCAGCUGUCUCCAUACGACAACCUUCUGCUGUGCCAGCCAGUGUCCUCACCCCUACCCCUGAGUGGUGCCAGCUUUGUGAAGCUGCUGCAGAAUCUGGGCGCAGAGAAUGCAUGCGCUCUUCUGCUGGCUGUACUCACCGAGCACAAGCUGCUGCUGCACUCCCUGAGGCCGGAUGUGCUCACAUCAGUCAGCGAGGCCCUGGUGUCGAUGACGUUUCCGCUGCGUUGGCACUGUCCGUACAUCCCGCUGUGUCCUCUGCGGUUGGCGGAUGUGCUGUGUGCCCCCAUGCCCUUCAUUGUGGGUGUUCACUCCAGCUACUUUGACCUGUAUGACCCCCCCUCAGAUGUGGUGUGUGUGGACCUUGACACCAACACCAUUUUCCAAUCGGAAGAUAAGAAGCCCUUGUCAUGGAGAUCUCUACCCAGGAAACAUGGGAAAAUUCUGCUCAACUCCCUCAGCAACCUGCACAAAACUCUGGAAAAAAUCUGUACCCCUGGUCAAGAGGAGGCAACUCUGGAGUUCUUGCUGACAGAUUAUGAUUUGAUCUAUGGGCGUCAGAAGCAGCUGGAGCUGGAGAUCCAGGAGGCCUUCCUGCGCUUCAUGAGCUGCCUGCUGAAAGGCUACCGCUCCUUCCUCCUGCCUAUUACUCAGGCUCCCUCUGACAGAACCACCGACUGCAGCUCCCUCUUUAACCUGCAAGGUUUCCUGAAGUCACGAGAGCGGACACAGCAGAAGUUUUACUCGCACCUCACCAAGACACAGAUGUUCACACAGUUCAUAGAGGAGUGCUCCUUUGUCAGUGACAGGCACGCAUGCCUGGAGUUCUUUGACGAGUGUGUUCAGAAGGUGGAUGUGGAGAAGCCAGAGGAGGUAAGGCUGAUCGAUCUUGAUGAAGCUCACAGUGGAGAGCACACAGUCUUUAUAAUGCCACCAGAGGAACCUCAGGAACCCGAUGGCUCAGAGUGCCCUGCUCUCUAUAGCUAUGAGACGUUUCCUAUCCUGCAGCUGGAGUUGUUUGACCGGCCGCAAGACCAGCUCCGCACCCCAGCUAAGGGAAGUGCCCCCAACAGCCCCGCCCCUCGUCGCACUAAACAGGAAAUCAAGCUGGCGCAAAAGCGGGCUCAGAAGUACUCCUCAGUACCAGACAUGUGGUCCAAGUGCCUACUGGGCCACUGUUAUGGACUGUGGUUCAUUUACUUGCCCACAUUUGUGCGGGCCGAGAGCAACAAGGUACGCGCCCUGCACACAGCCUAUGAGGUGCUCAAGCAUAUGGAGACGCGCAAAGUGGUGCUCCCGGACGAGGUGUGUUAUCGGAUCCUGAUGCAGCUGUGUGGGCAGUACGGACAGCCUGUGCUUGCUGUCAGGGUUCUGCUGGAGAUGAAGAAAGCUGGAAUCACUCCUAACACCAUCACAUAUGGAUACUAUAAUAAGGCUGUGCUGGAGAGCAAGUGGCCGUCCACCAAUCAAGGAGGCCGUCUUCGCUGGGCCAAGCUUCGCAAUGUUCUGUUGGCUGUGGCACACUUCAGGCAGCCGAUAAAACACAGACAAAAGAGUGACUCUGUUAGCUCCAGACAAGGUGACUCCAACUGUAAUCUCCGUCCCCACUCCGCUCUUAUUCGCCAGACCAGCUGGAGUGGUUUGAGUGAAAGCUCAAGCCAUGAAUCAUUGACUGGUCCACUCACUAAGAGCAACAGUCUGAGCAGUAUGCGAGCUGACAAGUCUAAGUUCUCUAGACAAGCAAUGCUGCAGAGUGCAGGUAUUGAUGACCCUGCUUCUCGAAAGCCUCCUGUUUACCGCCGAGAUACCGCCACACCCUCUCCACUGCCCCCCACUGAACGUACCCUGGUGCGCCGCAGUGAUGUCUGCCUAUCCAACUUCUACAAGGAGUGUGCUGAGCCAGAGACAGACUGCCGAUGCCAGCCAACUGAGAGAGAUAGCAGGCCUGCAGAGCAGCGGGAAACACUGAACCGGAAGACGGUGGAUGAGAACUACAAUAACGUGUCAUCUCCAAGCCGUGGGCUGGCCGGUAAAUUGCAGCAGCUGCUCACUCCCACACGCCACCGGGCCUCAGGACGCCGUGCAGCCAGCAUGGACGACCGACGACAUGGCGCUAAUGGCCAUUCGCGCAAAGCAGAACAGAGGCAGUCCCGCAAAGCACAGGUGGCUGAAAGUCUGUUGAAGGCCAAAGAGCGACUCUACAAUGCCACCUCUGAGAGCUCAUUAUCUGUGGGGAGUGACAUUGACCUAACAGAGCCCCCAAAUUCAACUUUUUCGCUCAGGAAGUCAUGGGAUUCUGCCCAGGAAGGGGCGGGGCUUGAGGUGGUGAUGUCGAGCUGUAGUCUAUGUCGGAGCUGUAACUCACUAGUGUAUGAUGAGGAGAUAAUGGCUGGCUGGACUUCAGAUGACUCCAACCUUAAUACCAGCUGCCCCUUCUGCUCAGCUUCCUUUGUGCCUCUGCUUAAUGCAGAGAUCUGUGACCUGGUGCCCAUCAGCAGUCUGGAACGUAGUAACUUGAACUUGGAGGAUGAGGUGGAGAGUGCAAUGCGGCCCCCUGGUGGUCCUGAUGUCUUCCUGCAGCACCUGCAUAAUGGAGUGAAUGAGCAUGACUCCAGUUCAGAGACCAGCACAUACUCUGAGAGCAGCAGUAAUACUCUGAGCUCAUCCCUGGGUGGGACCCCUCAGGUGACGGUUGCAUACCUGAGCCCUCUGGUGUUGCGUAAGGAGCUAGAGAGUCUGUUGGAGAAUGAGGGAGAAAGCGUUCUCUCUCAGGUCCAGUUGCUGGACAGCCACUCCAUCCUCUUCUGGAACCUAGUGUGGUACUUCACUCGCCUCGGCCUUCCCAGCAACCUGGUGCAGCUGGUGCGGGUGUCACCAUUAGCCUCACAGUUUUCACAGAGUUCAGAGAACACUUCAGUAAGGGUGAAGUUAUUGUGGGACACGUUGACACCUGAUACGGAUCACUGGCCCCCUCUCUAUGUGCUCUGGAGAAUACACAGUGGCGUACAGAUGCGUAAUUACAGCUGGCGCAGGCACAACCACCCCUUCACUCUGAGCUUUUUGGAGGAAGUCCUGCGCUGGGUUGGUAUGAACGAGGUACACAAGGCCAUCACGCUCUUCCUGGACACUGUUGCCAAGCAACCUGGUACUCCCCGGAUACAGAGGAGUUUGUACAGGGAAUUCUUGUUUCUCACUCUGGCUGCUAUGGGCAAAGACCAUGUUGCUGCUUUUGAUAAGAAGUAUAAGACUGCCUAUGCCAGGCUGAGUGGGGCUCUGGGUCGAGAGGAAUUGAGGAGGAAGAGGGCUCAGCCGCCCAGCCCCAAAGCUGUGGACUGUAGACGCUGCUUCUUGCUGCCCCUGGAGUGCUGAGAGCCUUAGACAGACUCAGACAUACACACAAUCUUGUCCAUCUAAAGCUCCUCCUCUCAGUGGCUGCCUUAGACUGUGUUCUGUGGUCAUUAACCUCUUUCCUCUGCCCACCCCUUGAGAACACCCCUACACAUGCUUACACCCUCCUCAGUAGAUCUUUCUUUGAUCAGAUCUGGAUUUCAGACUUGCGCAUUUCAGAGCCGCGGGCAGUGGAUGGUCAUUCUGAAGUCAUUUAACUACACCAGCCCUGUGGCAUGGUACUAAAGGAAAACUUUGGGAGUUCCUCUCCACGGUCCACUCUGCUGGAGAGAGCUGCUCACUUUGGUCAGGAUCUCAGUGUUUUUUUGUUUGUUUGUUUGUUUGUGUGUUUUUUUUUUGUUUUUUUUUUCCGCACUCUGCUCUGGAUUGAAGCUGUGAAGUGUUUUCUGUUGUUCUAGCAUAAGCUUACUUAUCGAUUUAUUUAGCUGGGCAUUUCUGGGCCGAUUUAUAUACCUAGGGUACAACUUGGAGGAUAUAAAACUAAGUGGUGUUGGACUUCACAAAAAAUAUUGAAACAAUACUGAAUCUGCAAUAUCACUCUCCACUCAGCUGUGUCUUGUCUUUGGCUUGACUCAUCCAGUCCAGAGCUAGACACAGAAGUUGUAUGCAUGCUUGUGUCAGUGACAUUCUGAUCUAUGCAUUUUGUCAAAAUUAGCAGUGCCCUGCAUCACAAAGCCUUCUGCCAAUCUCUGCACUCCUGGAUUUGUUUUCACAAGAAGGCCUCUUCAACCCUCUACACCUUACAAGCUUAUCAGCUGUGUAUCCUCAAAUCCUGCCUCUGUGGGGUGUGUGUGUGUGUGUGUGUGCGCGUGUGAAUGUGCUGCCAAACAGCCUUUAUUUUAAUGGGAAAAACCCUUUAAGUCCCAUUCCCUGCCUUUCCCUCUGUAAAAUUUAGUUGACACUCUGCACUUUGGGAUUCAGGCAGCAAUUCUUUGCCUAUAGAGCUGGAAAGAAGAUCUCUGUGUAGAGGGGGCAAGUUCCAGACUACUGGGCAAGAAGAGAAAACAUCUGAAUAUGAUCUACAGUGUGGUACCUACUAACUCUGAGGACGAAAGUGGAGCAGGAGUUUUUUUUUUUGUUAUUUUGGAAAAGGCAGGAGCCAGGCAGCCAGGGGAGCAGCAAGUAACCCAGAGCAACCCAGGACAUAACUGAGGAAAAACCACUAAGAACAUAAACGCUGGAGCAGCGUCCUGCUAAUGAAUCCUUUCCUUACCAAAAGACUUCACCUUUUUUGUUUCAUUUCUCUUUGUGUUCAGUUUGGUUUUAUUGUUUUAAUUGCGUGUAUGAUGCUUGGUUUCAGCAAUGUCAGGGGAUGUUUGGUCAGAGUUUAGUUCAGUGAGAUAAAGGUAAAGGAAAGAUUCAGUGAGUCACCCCUUUGUGUUUUUUUUUUUUUUUCUUGCUGUCCUCCAAAAGGUGGUUGUUGUCACCUUUUUGUGUGUGUGUUCCGUCUUUUGCUUCUGCUGCAGUAAUGCCCUGAAAGACUCUCAUAUAUCCCCAGCUCAGCCUUCUAGCACUGUGAGUGACUGCAUGUGAUUAGUGUGUCCUCACAUGUACUCAACCAGCUACACAGCCCCCCAGCACCAGGCUACACCGUGCACAUGCAGAGUCUCACUCACAGAGUUCUGUUAAAUCCAUACUGCACAGCCAGAUAGAUUCAACCUUAAUGUCAAUAUCAAAGCUCAGACUGUGUCAAUAUCAGCUCAAUAGCAAACAUGGUAGGGGUUCUGGAAUGUUGAGCAAGUUCUGCACAGUGAGAACUGCUGAGUAAAACUGAGUUUAAUCUAGAGGCUUUAGUCUUGUUGUGCAGGGUAGCAGUCAAGCAGAUAAUUUUUCCUCUUGGAUGACCCAAGGGGUGCUUGUAUCAAUCUGGCUGAUUGAUUGACUGUAGGCAGUACUGGUAGGAGUUUACAUAGGUAGUAUUCAGCUGCAGCCAUAGAUCAAGCACUAGGAUGAGAAAAGCCUUAGCUUUAGAACAUUUAUGGCAUUUUGGCUGAUGCUCUUAUAUAGAGCGACUUACAAUUUGAUCAUUUUACACAGGUAGUCUACAGCAUAGAAGGCAGAGGUGUUACCCACUACACUACACCAACUCCUUAAUUGAGUGGCCAACUAGCUAGUGAGCUGGCUAAGGCUACCUAAUGAAAAUGUUUGUAAGGUAGCUCGCUAAGGUUUUCACCAACCUUGAUAGCUAGAGUAGAUUUCUCCUUCAACAUAAAAGGGUUAAGGUUAGCUACACCCCAGCCACAUUUGACACACACUGAAAGAGCAAUUUUAAGCAUUUUUUUUUUGUGAAGAAUACUUUCUCUGAAACAGUUCAUUUAUUCGAGCUACCUCAACAUUUUAGCUAGCCAGCUAACUUUGGUAGCACGCUAGUUGCCUACUGUUCACUUGAGCUGAGGCUUUGCCCAUCUUGAGGCUUGGUCUGUGGGGCCAAAAUGUCCUUUGGUAACAUACCAAAAUGUUGGCUACGUCAUGAUGUUAUUGUACGCUCCACUCUGCAUAUGGAAACCACCUCUAUUAUUAUCUGAAGCUACCCUCACAGUGUGUGUUAUAAUAUUUCUGUUGAACAUUAUAUUUAUCCCUAGAUUAGCACCAAGGCCCCAAGAGGAAGUUUCUUCCAUCACUGGGGGCUCUAAUCAUUUAGCAAUGUUGUAAAGUUUGAUAGAAAAGUGCUUGGAUAAGCUGUGUUGCCAGUCUAGCUGAGAGGAUAUUGUAUUCUAUAGCUCAUCUCUGUGAUGUGACCUGCAGUACAUUGGCCUUAGCCAUGUCCUUUCCCUCCACUCUCUGUAACUAAUACCUCUGUUUUGUUUCCAGUCUCUUUCUUUAAGCAAGCUGUUUGUGGCAUUGUUUAGAAUCCUGUGUAUCAUGUGAGUUAAAGGUGACAAAGUAUGAUGAGGGCCUGUACUGUAUAUUAAGUUGUGUGGGUUGAGUGACCUUAUACAGCAGAGCGAUGGAGUGCGUCUUGUGUUCAGUCCUGUUUUGAGUUUGUGAAGGAGUCUUGUCUGCUUCUCUGAAUGUGAAAAAAGGGAUGAGAAAAGCUGUGAUAUAUAGAAAUCUAAUCAUUUCAUCAUAGUGGGAAGAGAGCCCAAGAUGGCAGCAACUAUGUUGUGUUCAUUUUAGUCUUAAUUUUAGGGGAGAAAUCUGAAAAGGCACUGAUACUAAUUUAUUAAUGAUUAGUUGCAUACUGGAAAAAAAGAGGGGUCAAUAACUGUAGCUUGUUCCUGGUCAGGAAUGCGGCCACUUUCAUCUGAAUUUGCCCAUUUGUUUCUGCAAUGUAUACUGAUGACCAGCAGGGGACAGCAUGCCAAAGGGAGUGGAACUAGAGGUCUGGAAUGGUUUCACUGUAUUUUAAUGCACCUGACUGCAACACAUGUUAAGAGGAAAUCUGAGUUAGGACAGUUUUUAUUUUUUAAGGUUACAUGGGAAAAAAUGCAGAGCUAUAUUUAAAGUGUAUUGUGUUUGCUGUAGUAAUUUAUAUAGAUGUGACUUCUGUUGUGAAUGUUGUUUGUAAAAAAAUAAAUGGAAAAGAUUGCUCACUUCCCUGUGUUUUAAUUAUAGAUUACAUUGUUUAUUUUGUUUCUGAAACAUGUGAGUCUUACAACCUUAAUUGGUUGCAGUUUGUUAACUCUGGUCAUCUUGAGUUUUGCCGUGUGUCGGCUUAAAUGCUGUUUCAGUGUAAAAUGGAUUGUGUAAUAAAAUCCAAAAUGUGGCUCACAGUGCUAAAAGCCUUCACUAAUGCUUAGAAAUGUUCAUGUUUUGUACUCUGCCUACUUAAAUGUAUCAUUUAGAUACUCAUUCUAACCAGCUGACGUAUUAAAGGGGAAAUCCACAGUUUUUUCAACAUUUUUACAGACUUUAUCCAGAGUGGUCUGAUGUGAACUGCUGCAUUGCAGAGACAUUUACUGACUCAGAUUUCUUUUCUGGUGAUAAGAACCUGGGAUCAUGAUGUCUAAAUCUUAAAUGUCUACACAAAAUGAUCAAUAAACCUGCACGUGCCUGCUGA